UUCCUUGGUUCCCUUAGGAGUGCAGUGCAGUAUUAGAGAGAGAGAGAGAGAAUGGAUGUGAGGAAAGUGAUGGUGGUGGUAUUAGUGGGAAUGGGGAUGCUAACAGGGCAGACAAAUGCGUCUUUCAAGGACUGCUAUGCAAAAUGCUUUAUUUUCUGCAUGAUUGAGCCUUCUCAAACUCUAUGCUCUUGCACUACCAACUGCCUCAAACAAUGCAUCUUCAACUCUGAUGCUAAACAAGUUGAAGAAUCUGAUGAUCAUCAGCAGCUCAGAAACCACAACUUCUGCAAGCUUGGCUGUGCCCUUUCCAUGUGCUCCUCCCUCAGCUCUAAGCAUCAACCCAAUAAAGAGAAAAUGGAUGGUUGUGUUGGAUCCUGCUCAAACAGCUGCACCAACAACUACAAUUCAUCACCAUAGCCCAUAGCCCAUAGCCCAUAGGAGGAGCUGAGGCAGAAGCUAAGUGGUCUUCAAUAACUCAUAUUUGUUCUGAUUAAGCCAGCUGCCCAGGAAGCAUUUUCAAUCAUUCUUAAUUACUGUUUUUUUAUUAAGGAAGGAGGUUGAUGUAAUUAUGUAACAUACAUGCACCCUACCUCACUUCAUCUAAUCAAUCUUUCUUUAUUCUGCAAUGUAAUGUAAUGAAGAGCAUUUCAGCUUUUCCACUU